AUGCCCGCCUCCAGUUCCAGCUCCAGCAGCCGCACGGUCGUCGUCGUCGGCUACGGCCCUGCCGCCGUGCCCGCCGUCCAAACCCUCGCCGCCCAGCUCCCCGCCGACUGGCGCCUGGUCGUCGUCAGCGCAACCACCGCCUACUGGCCCGUGUCGGCUCUGCGGGCGGCCAUCGUGUCCGGUUGGGAGGACAAGCCGGUCGCCUCGGUCGAGCACGCGUUCCCGCACGGCAAGCGCCACGUCCUCGUCACCGGGACCCAGGUCGUCGAGCUGAGGGAGCACAGCGUCCUCGUCGACAAGCCGCACCCUGAGCUCGGCUGCGAGAUCGCGUUCGACUACUGCAUCCUUGCCACUGGGUCCAAGUACGCCUACCCGUGCCGCCCUCGAGUCGGUGCCACCGUCGAGGAGGCCGUCGCCGACUUGCGCCAGACGCAGAGGGACGUCGCCGCCGCCGAGUCGGUCCUCAUCAUCGGCGGCGGGCCCGUCGGCGUCGAGCUCGCGGGCGAGAUCGGCGAGUACUACGGCGGGUCGCACGGCCGCCCCAAGAAGCGCGUCACGCUCGUGCACUCGCACGACCGCUUCAUCCACCAGGACGGCUGGAGCGACAAGUUCAACAAGUCGCUCAAGAGCCAGGUCGAGGCGCUCGGCACCAAGGUCGUCUUCAACGCCAAGGUCUCGGACGGCCCGACCGAGUCGGGCCCGGUCGAGGGCGGCUCGCACACGUUCCACCUCGACAACGGCGAGACCGUCGACGCCGAUUUCGUCUUUGUCGCGUUCGGCAGCUCGCCCAACACCGGCUUCGUCGGCGAGUUUGACCCGGCGACGCUCAAUGACAAGCGCCAGGUCAAGGUGCGCCCGUCGUUCCAGCUCGACAAGUACCCGACGCUGUUCGCCAUCGGCGACAUCACGGCCGUCGACGAGUCCAAGCUGUUCGCGCACGCCAAGAACCACGGAGCCGUUGCCGCCGCCAACAUCAUCGCCCUCAUCCGCGCCGGCAACUCGGCCUCGAGCACGACGCCGCCCAAGUCGUACAAGGCCGGCCCGCAGCUCAUGAUCGUCAGCGUCGGGACCAAGGGCGGCGCAGGACAGCUCUUUGGCUUCACCGUCGGCAACUGGUUCUCGUCUUUCGUCAAGAGCAAGUCGCUCUUUGUCAGCGACUUCAAGAAGAUGUACGCCGCGACGGCGUGACCCGUCUCGCCUCCCACAGUAGACCUCUCCUCCUGCCUCCUCCCCUUGUCGUACUUUCUAUCUCUCUUAGCCUCU